AUGGCAAGUCUGGAUGACUCUGUAGUAUUUGAAGAAGAGGCCGCUCGGGCAGAUAUUGUGAUUCGUACGCAACCUUCGAAUAAGGCCGACUCUUCUGACCACGUCGGGGCAGCCGAUGCCAUUGCUAAAGGACUUGUCGCGGGCCAUACACCCCAGAAAGCUGGGUACUGGCUACACACCGUCGGCACCGGGAUCCUUACCUACUUUGAUUCCGAGGUGAAAAAGACCUUUGGUGAGCAUGACGACAAAAUCUUCAACGACUAG